ACACUCAUUCUUUCUUUACCCCUCUCUCUGUCAUUUAUAUACACGCCUAGAAGAGUUACAAUUCCCUUCUCUUAGAUCGAUUUCAAUUUCUAAGCAGUAGCAUUUUUGCUGCAACUUUCUCUUCCGUUCUCUCGGAAAAAAAAGGAAAGGAAAAAAAAAGAAGCCAUGAAAACUGUAAAUUCCAUAGGGAAUGGGUCAGCAUUAUGUGAAGAGACUGAAACGACACAGUUUUAAAAACCCAUCUUUUAUUUCGUUUUGGGAGGUAAUAUAGUUUCUCAGUUCUCUUUCUAUCUCGUUUUUAACAAUGCAGGACGGAAUCUUUAUGUUUCGAGGCUCUCUCUUUUUAUCUGUCAUUGUUUUGAAUAUAUCUUCAAGUUUUCUUUUUCUUUUCAUUUUUGAUCUUUUGAGCUCCGUGUAAAAACCCUUAGCUUUGGUAUAAAGUUCGAAACUUCUCUUUUAAAUUCAUUUUGAUGUCUAGAGCUUUUCUACGGAAAUUUUUUGGGGAGCUGAUUUGAUGGUACAGAUGGUAGGGUUUUGGUGGGUUUUGUGAGGUGGAUAUUCGAUUUUUGAGAAAAUAUUGGUAGUUUUAGUAGCUUAAAUUUGAGCUGUAAGAGUUAAAAGCCAAGAUCUGUUCUGGUGUAGCUUUAAACAUUAUGGUUGAUUAAUGUGGUUUACUUGAAAUGGGUAGCCCAUAUAGGGUUUUGAUAUUUAAACUUCUCUUGCUGAUUUGAUUUCAGCAAAUGGGGGAAAAAUGGGGGCACUAGUGAAUUCUCUUGGUGGGUUUCCUCCGCUGGUUUGUUCAAUUUCAUGGAAGAUUUAAACGUGGCAAGUUUGCAAAUUUGAGAAAUUCAGGUUUUUUUCGAGGGAAAUAAGCUAAAGAUCUCUAGAAAAUCACUGUUUAAGUGUUAAACAUAAGGUGCUAAAGGAUGUCGGGAGCUCCAAGGGUGAGGUCGAUGAAUGUGGCGGAUUCUGAGACCAGACCAGUUUUAGGACCCACUGGAAACAACAAGGCAGGGUCAUUGAGCGCAAGGAAAACUGUCUCAAAACAACUGAGAAAGGUUGAAACAUCACCUGAGCAAGUUGCAUUAGGUGAAGAGAAGAAAGCACUUAAUGUGUCUACUGUCAGUGCUUUAUCCCCCAAAUCACAUUCCGCUAGUGUUCCUUCAGUGCUUCGUCGACAUGAGCAGUUGUUGCAUUCGAAUUUAUCAUUGAAUGCUUCUUGUUCAUCUGAUGCCUCCACGGAUUCAUUCCAUAGCCGAGCAUCCACUGGGAGGUUGACACGGUCAAAUAGUUGUGGAGUUAGGAGGAAGCAAUAUGCUUCAAAGCCAAGAAGUGUUGUUUCUGAUGGGGGUUUAGAAUCUCCACCACCUUCUGGCGGUUCACAGCCCAAGAAGAGCUGUGCAUGGGUAACACCAAAUACUGAUCCAUGUUAUGCUGCUUUCCACGAUGAAGAAUGGGGAGUUCCAGUACAUGAUGACAAGAAAUUGUUUGAGCUUUUGGUUCUUUCAGGUGCUCUGGCUGAACUUACUUGGCCUGCCAUUCUGAGCAAAAGACACAUCUUUAGGGAAGUUUUUGCAGAUUUUGAUCCAGUUGCUGUCUCAAAAUUUAAUGAGAAGAAGAUAAUAGCACCUGGAAGCACAGCAAACUCCUUAUUAUCAGAAGUUAAAUUGCGUGCUGUAAUUGAGAAUGCACGCCAAAUAUCGAAGGUCAUAGAUGAAUUCGGGUCAUUUGACAAGUAUAUUUGGAGCUUUGUCAACUACAAACCUAUAGUUAGCAGAUUCCGAUAUCCUCGUCAGAUUCCCGUUAAAACUCCAAAAGCUGACGUAAUAAGCAAGGAUUUAGUGAGAAGGGGAUUCCGCAGCGUGGGGCCCACAGUGGUGUAUUCAUUCAUGCAGGCAGCUGGGUUGACGAACGAUCAUCUCAUUGGUUGCUUCAGAUUUCAGGAAUGUAUGAAUAAUGCAGCAGAAGGGAAAGAAGAAAAUGGCACAAAGGUUGAAGAUAAGACAACAACAGAUGGUGUGAUUGAAUCCAAAAUAUCGAUAGCUAUGGAUGAAUUGAAUUUCUCGUCGGAAUGAUAAUGAUUGGUGGCACGCAGAGCCGGAACACCAGGUUCAGUCAUCAGUUUAUAUAUCCUAGUAACUACUAAUUCACGGCUACUCAGGUAGCAAUGAAGUUGUUUUUUUGUGUAUAAAAUUUCAAGAAAUCGUAUGCUUAAUGAAUUCCUAGAUUGUAGAUUCUAAAAAUGAAUUAAAUCAACCGGUGAUUGUGCUGUCGGUAGGGCCUGUUCAUGAGAGCCUUGAAAAUAUUAAUGUACGAUUUUUUGUACAGUUGAAAGUGUUGGUAAUCAGGAUUCAGGAAAA